UCCAAAAGUCAAACACAAGUCACAUAAUUAUGUGCCAAAUGAGUUUUGGAAUUGUAACUUAAAGUGAGAUUCAGAGAAUCCUUCUUCAAAUCAAAUCGGACAUACCCAAAUAUCAGGCAAAAGUAAUAUUCUUGUGCCGCAUCAAUCACACUCAGCUCAUUUCUGAAGGAAAGAACAGGAGGGAGGCGGAAGAAAACUUUUGCAGAAAGUACCAGAAAAUUGUGUGGCUGCCAAAGCGCCUGCAGCCGGAAAUCAAUAUUCGGAAAUAUUUGUUGGCCAACAUUCCCCAGCCUUUUCGGUUAUCUCUCGCAUAUUUGCAAAUGCUAAAAACAAAAUGAAUAAAAACUAUUUCCAAACCCAAAUGGAGAACGACAAGGACAAUGCGCACUGCCAUGCGCAGGAGGAGGAGGACCAGACACAGCUGCAGCGGCAUCUGGGCGAUCUGAAGCUGAAGCUGAGCGACACCGAGCAGCGGCUGGACAAUGAGACGCAGCUGCGGCUCCAAGAGGCUGAGGAAUGGCAACAGUUCAAGGCGGAUCUGCUGACGACCGUGCGUGUGGCAAACGACUUCCAGUCUGAGGCGCAAAUCGCUCUCGAGCAGCUCGAGCUCGACAACAAGAUGCAAAAGGAGACGAUUCGGUCGCUGGAGCAGAAGCUGAAGAAGCUCUCCACCGAGCCGGUCCAGCAGCAACCGCAGCAAACCUUCGCUAGCGAUGAGCGCAAGGAUCCACUGAAUAUGCUGGCCAAGAAAUGCGGCUCCAAGAGGAAUGCACUGCUUAAGUGGUGCCAGAACAAGACGGAGGGCUACCGCAACAUUGACAUCACGAACUUCAGCUCAUCGUGGAACGAUGGCCUGGCCUUUUGUGCGCUCCUUCACUCCUAUCUGCCAGAUCGCAUACCCUACGAUCAGCUCUGUGAGGCGAACAAGCGACGUAACUUUUCGCUAGCCUUUGCCACCGCCGAAUCGGUGGGAAUUGCCACCACACUGAACAUCAACGAUAUGUGCCAGAGUGAGCGACCCGACUGGAGGCCGGUGAUGUCCUAUGUGAUUGCAAUCUACAAACACUUUGAGCCCUAGAUGGACCUACAGUUUUUUGUGUAUAUUUUGUAUCAGUAUUUGAAACUAUAAAGAACAAAAACUAAAACUAAA